AGCUGGACCAGAACCAGGCAGAAGGUCCUGCAGGAGGGAACCCUCCUCCCUUCAGAACUUCCACCCUGGACCUCCAUCCGAUACCGGGAGGCUGAGGGUCCCCGAGGACUUUGCAGCUGACUCCACGACUUGUACAGGCGAUGGCUGAGCCCAGGAAAGCACAGCAAAGCCCAGAUGCUGGACCUGGUGGUUCUGGAGCGGUUCCUGGCUCUCCUGUCCCCAGAGAUGGAGGGCUGGGUGUGGGAGUGUGGAGCAGAGAGCAGCUCCCAGGCGGUGGCUCUGGUGGAAGGCUUCCUCCUGAGCCAGGCGGAGGAGCAGAAGGAGCAGCUCCAGCGGCAGUGCUGCAGUGUGGAGAUCAGAGAUCCUGAGGGAAGGAAGAACCCAUCAAAUCCCCCUCAGGAGCUAUUUUUCAGAAAGAUCCCUUGGGAAGAUCCAAGACAGAACCCCUCAGGAG